AUGGGUGACUCUCUUAUUCCAAUUGUAAUCGACACUGGCACUCAGGAGUGGAGAGCCGGUUUCGCAAAUGAACCUUACCCAGGAGUCACUCUCGUGCCGUCUCUACAGAACUUGGAAGGUUCGGAGGUGGUCGAAAAUGGCAUCGUGCUUGAAUUCAAGGGCUCACAUAAAGCCGUCUCCUACUACACUAAACACAUUCAAGAGUGCUUGACUGGUCUAAGGGCGGACUCCAAGUCGGCUCACCUUCUCCUUGCUGUUCCGCAGAAGAUGUCGGACACCUAUCGGAAGCGAUUGACGGAGGUGCUUUUUGAGAACUUUGACUUCCAUUCAGUCUUUUACGUUAUCCAGCCACUUCUAGCCGCUUACUCUUCUGGAUAUUCCAACUGUCUCGUUGUUGAUUCUGGCUACUCCAAUACAGGAAUCCUCGCGGUCAAAAAUCUCUACCCCUUAGGAGAAAGCGAACGAGUUCUUCCUCUUGGCGGCAGAAACAUCGAUCGGUAUUUGCGACACCUAAGCGGAGAUAAACUUGCCGCCUACAACGAGGCUGGUCUACGCCAUGUCAAGGUCAACUACUGUUCCGUGGCUUCAAGUUUUCCUAAAUCCAAUGGCAAUACACGAACUGUAGUCACCAUGCCAGACGGAAAGAAGCUUACUUUAGGUGAAGAAUUGACCCUAGCUCCCGAAAUGCUUUUCAAUCCGAGUUUGGGAGGACUGGCAGAUGUCAUGCCGAUCGAUCAAGCGGCAAUACGUUCAGCUUUGAGUUUGGAGGAGAAUGACGCCUACGCAGUUCUGGAGACAGUUGUACUAGCGGGAGGGAAUACGGCUUUUCCCGGAACCGCGUCGCGAAUGCAGGUGGGAAUCGCCACAAGAACUGUUCCGCGGAUCAACAAAAGAGUGAUAAAACACAGACAAGGCAUUGAAGCCGUGUGGAUAGGUGGGACGAUAAUUGCAUCCACACAAACCUACCCAAAGAUCUGUAUCACUAAAGAAGCCUAUAAGGAACGCGGAUCCGCUGUGGCCAUUGACAGAUGGCUCUAG